AUGAGUCCUCAGGUUGUUGGCCUUUUGCUUGUGACCUUUUUAGCCUUGGUCAAGACGACACAUGCACAGGCUCAUGUACAUAAUAAUUUCGUUGGACAAGGGGGUAUGCUUGAUCAUGAGUGUUAUGAACGACCCUACCAGACAACGUGUGUAGGUCCAAUUCCUCGCUACUUCUUUAACGCCACAACCCAGAGUUGUGAACAGAUAAACAAUGUAUGUGGGUAUGGUGGAUUCUUUAGUUUGCAACAAUGUGACAAUAAGUGCACAUGCCGGCUUCCGCCUGCAUCCGGAACCAACACGUGUCCCGGGGCAGUAGAAACGCAGCGUUUCUUUUUCCAGCAGAACGGAGACCUGUGUUUACCGUUUACAUAUUAUGGCUGUGACGGUAACGGAAACAACUUUGCAUCUACUUUUACCUGUACUAUGCAAUGUAAUGCUCCAGCUGAAAUUGAACAAGGCGACGUAAUGAGAAGAAUGGGUUAUACUAGUGAACAUGUGUUUGAAGCACAGGCUGGUUUAUUCAAUUAUGGAGGUCCGCCUCCUCCUCCACCCCCACCCCCGAGUCCAAAAGCAAAACCAGCACUUCCUCCCCAACACAUACCGAUGCCCCAUCCACCAUCUCCGCCACUUCCGCCUCAACACCCACCGGUACCUCCAACGGUAGGUCAUUUUGCCCCUCCAGCUCCAUGGAACAACCCUCAUUCGCCACCACACCGUCCCCAGUGGCAUCCGUCGCCUCCACGUCCAUCUUACACACCGCAUAUUAGAUCCCCUCGACCUCCCCCAAAUGGCCAACCACCGUUUGGUAGCCACCCAAUGGCAAGACAGAUGAUACAGCCUCCCCCGCCACAUGGUAUGAGUAACAGAAGAAAUCCUAUCACACAUUCAACAGGCAAAUCUACCUUCAGUAUGAACAAUGUUCAGGAUAAACUCAAAGCGUUUGCCAAAAAUGCAAUAAACAGACAAGCACCUCGGAAAAAUGGAGGCGGUAUGAAUUGGAAUCGUCCGAAGCAAGGGCAAAUGAAUCAAAUGCGCCGGAAUAUCAACAGUCAAGUUACCAUCCAGCCUACCCCAGUUGUAUCAAUGUCUCCGUUAACCAAGAGAAAGAACUGGCGAGGAAGAAUGAACCAGGGUAAUAAAGGAAAACAACGAGCACAAGGAAAAGUGGAAACUAAUAAAAUUGCUGUAAAACCAACUAGCGAUCAAGGUAUCACAUCCGGGUCAUUGAAUCAGCCAAAGGUCAAUCUCAAAAAAAUCACGACAACCCAAUCUAGUGUGGGAUUCAAUGGCGGCACGACUGAUUACUAUUACUACGAUAACCAAAUGGGCACUACGGCUGGUUAUUACAACAGUGUUCAAUCGGGAUGGGGAACUAUGAGGCGAGGCAUGGGCAAGUAA